GCAGUCGUCUCUUCUCGUUCACGACAAAGAUCCGACUCGUUCGCGAACGACACAUCACUGUUCCGGUCAUCUCCGUGAGUCCCGCCCCGCCGCUCCGUGCCAUCUUGUGUUUAGCAAGAACAAAAACGGUGUGAGGAGGAAGCGCAGCUUCAGGGCGCGGCGCACAACCGAGGACCAAUUUAUUUAUUUCAGGAAAAGUGCGUGUUUUAUAAAACGCGGCCGUGACUGUGAACAUCACGAUUGGAAGUGUUUGACCGCAGAAAAAUGACAGCCACACCCCGCUCAACAGCUAACGUUAGCGUCAGGCUAUCGAAGCUAAGCUAGCCAGUUAGCAGAUGCUCGUAACGCCGAGGAGGCGAAUCCAAAGUUCGGAUUCUGUCCGCGGGCAUUUGGACACCACUCGUUGAUUCCACCGUGGGUUCCGACGUCAGGACGGGCUUCGGCGGGAAUGGCGCGAGAGUCGUGCUGAUUUCGUGGGCAGCGGAACCCCAUGCUAUGAAGCUGCGGAGACGCUAGUUCUGCUGCUAACGGUUGUUUUUCGGCUCAUAGCGGAGCCACAAUAAAGCCGCGGCCCUGGCCAUGCCCUCGAGUGCACGGGCGGGCAACCUGAAAGACCCGGAGGUGUCCGAUCUCUUCUGCAAAGAUGAUCCAGAGAAGCUGUUCGCCGACCUCCGUGAAAUCGGACACGGCAGCUUUGGCGCCGUGUACUUUGCCCAGGAUGUGCGCAACAAUGAGGUGGUGGCCAUCAAGAAAAUGUCGUACAGUGGGAAGCAGACGAACGAGAAAUGGCAGGACAUCAUUAAAGAGGUGAAGUUCCUGCAGAAACUGCGACAUCCCAACACCAUUGAGUAUCAGGGAUGUUACCUGAAAGAACACACAGCCUGGCUGGUGAUGGAGUACUGCCUCGGCUCGGCCUCUGACCUCCUUGAAGUUCACAAAAAGCCACUGCAGGAAGUUGAAAUUGCUGCUAUUACCCAUGGUGCACUGCAGGGAUUAGCAUAUCUCCACUCACACAACAUGAUUCACAGGGAUGUGAAAGCAGGAAACAUCCUGCUGACGGAGCCUGGUCAGGUCAAACUGGGAGACUUCGGUUCUGCCUCCAUCGUGGCUCCAGCCAACUCGUUUGUGGGCACCCCCUACUGGAUGGCUCCUGAGGUGAUCCUCGCCAUGGACGAGGGUCAGUACGACGGGAAGGUGGACGUCUGGUCUCUGGGCAUCACCUCCAUCGAGCUGGCUGAGAGGAAGCCCCCGCUCUUCAACAUGAACGCUAUGAGUGCCUUAUAUCACAUCGCUCAGAACGAAAGCCCCGUCCUUCAGUCCAACCACUGGUCUGAUUCCUUCCGCAACUUUGUGGACUCGUGCCUGCAGAAGAUUCCUCAGGACCGGCCCACGUCGGACGUGCUGCUGAACCAUCGUUUCCUGUGUCGAGAGCGUCCACUGACGGUCGUCAUGGAUCUGAUCGCGCGGACCAAGGACGCAGUGCGGGAGCUGGACAACCUUCAGUACCGCAAGAUGAAGAAGAUCCUCUUUCAGGAGACGCAGCAGAACGGCCCAGUGUCUGAGGGAGGCGAGGAGGAGGAGGAGGUGGAACAGUACCUGCUGAGAACAGGCACAGUCAACAGCAUGGAGAGCUCUCAGUCUGUUCCCAGCAUGUCCAUCUCUGCCAGUUCUCAGAGCAGCUCCGUCAACAGCCUGGCCGACGCCUCUGACGACAGCAGCAGUGAGAUGGCCAUGAUGCAGGAGGGAGAACACACCGUCACCUCCAACAGCUCCAUCAUCCACCGGCCCACGGGUCAGGACAACAUCUAUGACGACCCGUACCAGCCUGAGAUGGAGCAGCCUCAGGUUCCUUCAGCUGGACGCCGUCGAGCUUACUAUCGUAACAGAGACCACUUUGCCACCAUUCGAACGGCUUCCUUGGUGACUCGUCAGAUCCAGGAGCAUGAGCAGGGCUCGGCGCUGCGAGAGCAGAUGUCCGGGUACAAGCGAAUGAGGCGGCAGCACCAGAAGCAGCUGAUGGGCCUGGAGAACAAACUGAAGGCCGAGAUGGACGAGCACCAGCUGAAGCUGGACAAGGAGCUAGAGAACCAGAGGAACAACUUCUCCACUGAGGCCGACAAGUUGUCCAAGAGACACCAGGCCAUCCUGGAGAAAGAGAUGAAAGCAGCCCUGGCUGAGGAGAAGAAGUUCCAGCAGCACAUCCAGGGUCAGCAGAAGAAGGAACUGACCACUUUACUGGAGUCACAGAAACGACAGUAUCGUCAACGCAAGGAGCAGCUGAAAGAGGAGCUGAGCGAGAACCAGUCGACUCCGAAGCGCGAGAAGCAGGAGUGGUUGAUUCGUCAGAAGGAGUGUCUGCAGCAGAUGCAGGCGGAGGAGGAGGCCAGUCUGCUCAGGAGGCAGAGGCAGUAUUACGAGCUGCAGUGUCGUCAGUACAAGAGGAAAAUGCUGCUCGCUCGACACAACCUGGAGCAGGACCUGCUCAGAGAGGACCUGAACAAGAAGCAGACUCAGAAGGACCUGGAGUGUGCCAUGCUGCUGCGACACCACGAGUCCACACAGGAGCUGGAGUUCAGACAGCUGAGUUCGGUCCAACGUACGCGGGCCGAGCUGAUCCGCACCCAGCAUCAGACAGAACUGACCAACCAGAUGGAGUACAACAAACGCCGAGAACAAGAGCUUCGACAAAAACACGCCACAGAGGUGCGGCAGCAGCCCAAGAGCCUGAAGUCCAAAGAGCUGCAGAUCAAGAGACAGUUCCAGGAGACGUGUAAGAUCCAGACCCGCCAGUACAAAGCCCUGAGGAACCACCUGCUAGAGAGCACGCCCAAGUCCGACCACAAAGCCAUCCUCAAGCGCCUCAAAGAGGAGCAAACUCGUAAGCUGGCCAUCCUGGCCGAGCAGUACGACCACUCCAUCAAUGACAUGCUGUCCACACAGGCUCUGCGUCUGGAUGAGACCCAGGAGGCCGAGUACCAGGUGCUGCGCAUGCAGCUGCAGCAGGAGCUGGAACUGCUCAACGCCUACCAGAGCAAGAUCAAGAUCCACACGGACACUCAGCACGAGAGAGAGGUGAAGGACCUGGAGCAGAGGGUGUCCAUCCGCCGAGCGCUGCUCGAACAACGGAUCGAGGAGGAGAUGCUGUCUCUGCAGAACGAGCGUUCAGAGAGAAUCCGGACUCUGCUGGAGCGUCAGGCUCAUGAGAUCGAGGCCUUUGACUCAGAAAGUAUGAGGCUCGGCUUCAGUAACAUGGCUCUGACAGGGAUUCCCGCUGAGGCCUUUAACCAGGGUUACCCCGCCCCAAGCCCCGCCCCAAGCCCCGGCGGCUGGCCAUCGCGGCCCGUCCCACGCUCAGGAAGCAACUGGAGCCACAGCGUGCAGAACUCGGUGGCCACUCCGUCCUGGCGCAGUCACAACCACAGCAGCGGAGGAGGUGGAGGAGGAGGAGGAGGAGGAGGCUUCAGCCGAGCCGAGUCCAUCAGCUCGUCACACGGCUUUGGCAGAGACGGUGACCUCAACAAGAGUGGCAGGAGCCAAAGCUCCUACCACCACCAUCACCACCACCACUACCAGCAGCAGCAGCAGCAGCAGCAGCAGCAGCAGCAGCAGCAGCAGCACCACCUCCUCCCUCAGCACCUCCCUCAGCACCUCCCCCAGCACUACCAGCACCACCAGAGCACGCCACAGCUCUACCGGGACAGCCACGAGCGCGACACGCGGGAUCGAGACCGGGCCAGGGAGUGGGUGGGAGGAGGAGGAGGCGGCGGCGACAGCAGCCACAGCCAUUAUUCCCAUCACUCACAGGGCCACCACCACCUCCUCUCCUCCCACGCCUCCUCCCAGUCCCUUGCUCUCCUUCCACCUCCUCCCCUGCCUCCCCCAAUCUCCCUCUCUUCCUCCUCCCCCGCCUCCUCCGCCUCGUCCUCCUCGUCCUCGCAGGGUGGUUACGGAGGCGGCGGCCUGAGCGUCCGCGGCGCCGGGCUGAUGGCGCUCAGGAACAGCCCACAGCCUCUGAGAAGGACGGCAUCGGGUGGGGGCGGGGGGAGUGACGGCGGGCUGAGCCGCAGCACGUCGGUCACCUCCCACAUCUCUAACGGCUCCCACCUCUCGUACUCGUGAGACGGUGUGCAAUCUCUCGUCCGGGGUUGUCCCGCCCCUGUGGACACGCCCCUGUGGACACACUACAGCCAAAUUGACACAACAGGAGUAGAAGAGCAAAAGAUCGAGAUCCAGAUCCAGAAGCUUCCACUGAAGAAGCUGCUGAAAAAAAGAAACGUCAAUUUCAACAUUUGUCUUUUCUUCGUUUGUUUUAAUGAAACACGCGAGCGUUCGACGACACAGACGUCACAGAAAGUGAACUGUUCAGGUUCAGGACCCGGUUCAGGACCAGGUCUGAACACCUGGUCUUUGUGGAGCUUCCACUGUGGUGCUUUAAAAAAACCACUCUAUGUAAAUAAGCCACUUUCUAGUCUCUUCGUGUUGAGUGUGGUCAGCAGGGGGCACCGCAGACGUCCUGUUUAGUCCUGGUCCGGUCAUGUUUUCAGACGACAGUAGAAUAAAACGCUGCCCUUUAAUCUCCUUAAAGGAACAGUCCCCGUGCUUUUCUUGUGUAAAUAAUGAGACGACGACGUCGUGAUAAAAACAAACUCAAUCAUUCUAGUUUAAUGAACUCGUCUAAAUUAUUAAUCGAGAAAAUGAUUCAAAAACAGGAUUUAAUGUUUGUGUCCAAGUUCUAGUCUGUCUGUCUGUCUGUCUGUCUGUGUGUGUGUGCUUGCGUGCGUAUGUAUGUCUGUGUGUGUGUGUGUGUCUGUGUGUCUGUGUGUGUGUGUGUGUUAUAUAACUGUACAGUGAGUGCAGUUUGGUUGUACAGAUGGAGCCGCUAACUCUGAGGAACAGCCAUGACUUUGUCUCGUUGAAUCACUUUUACUAGACGCUGACAAAUAGAUGCUCUAACUUUUUUUAUUAUUGUUAUUCUUCUGCUGCAGUCGGAAUAUUUAUGUUUUAAUGCAAAUGUUUAAGGUUUAUUUACCAGUUCUGACCACUAGGUGGAGAAGAAGCGCAAUGUUACUGUGACAGAGAUAUUAAAAAAGUGAGUUUGGUUCUUCUCGUGGUUUGAUGAGAUACACAUGACGCACUCUUGACUGCGCUGUGAGCGCCCCCUGCUGCUGAGAACCAGCAGCAGCACACACACACACACACACUCUGUCACAACAAAAUGGCAGACGUCUGUAAACCACUCACACACACUCACACUCAAAUCAGUGAUUUUAACAUCACACACGAGAGUUGAUGAUCCUCCAUCACUCAGUUCAAUUGUCUUAUUUUGUAAAAUGUGUCUUUUAAAAUAUGUAAUUUAGACUUAACUCAGUGACAUAAAGUGACCACACGAGGCAGCAGAGGACCAGCUGCUCCUGUGUCCCCGCAGAUAAAAUCACUGUUUUUUCUGUGGACUUUGGUGUGGGAGGGUGAGCGUUGUCUCAGGCUGGUUCUCAGCAGCAGGGGGCGCUCACAGCACAGUCACUGUCAAACAGGUGUCAGUACCUUCUUCAAACACACCUGGACUUCCUUUCCCAGCAUUCCUGUCGUGGUGUGAGGAGUUAACACCUGUGGGCGGGGCAAUGGGCGGAGCUGUGGGCUAUGUUUCUGUUUGUUAGUUUUGAGCCAGUAUUGAAACGUCAAGCGUCCACAGUCGUGUUUUGGUGCCAUAACGUUUUUUUUGUUACUUUGUGAAAUCUUUGUUACGUCUCAGCAAAAAAAAAGAAGGAAACAAACAAAAACACAAAGCUGCUUUAAUAAGUGAGUACAUUUCACUCUGUUGUUUUUAAUGUUGAGAUUCAGUUUUUUUGGAUUAUUUUUACAGUGUAAAACACCUGUUUUUUCUUCAUUAGUUGAAUUUGACAGAAAACUUUUCAAAUGACUUUUUGUUUUUUGUUUGAUUAAAUGAAAAAAAUCCCAGCUUUGAUGAAACCUUCACUCAUUCAUUUGGUGAUGUCAUCGCCGACGCUCUGCACUUCUUUCACUUUGUGACCUCAGUGUGUCGGCCGUUGCCAUAGCUACCUCAUUUUCACUCAACGUCAAAGAAUGUGAGUGAAUUUUGGGGGCGGGGCUGACAAGCGUGAGGUCACGUGACGGUCGACGCUGAGCUGCUGUCGGAUGUCGUUUUUGAUUUUUUUAGUUCAUGCUCACUGACUGUGCAUGCCCCGCCCUCCUCAUGAUGUCACUGGUGAAGGGGCGGAGUCUUCUUCCUGAGGUUAUACCGUUAACUCGAGUAUAUGACAGCAAAGCUCUGUUUCUCUGCUUUCAUGUGUUCAUCCAUCUUCUACCUCUUUAUCCUCCACAGGGGGCACUGUGGGCGGAGUCACAGUGACACCCUUACUGACAGAUCACCUGACCAGUGUUUGAAUUAGCGCCCUUAAAGUGAUCACAUGACGAGAGUGUUGACCUCAUAAGCAGAGAAGGACCGCCUCUUUGUGGAGCUCUCCCUCCUGAUUGGAUCGAGUCAGAUUCACGCGCGCCAGUCACUCGUUGGUUUUUCAAAAUAAAAUGGGAAGAUGAAAGAAGCGGAGAGCGAGCGUUUUCCCGUUUCGUCUAUUUUUGAUUUUUCAAUCGAACGCAAGUCACGUGACUUCAGUAAAGUCAGAAACAGAUUUGAACUUUAAACACACUCCUGACAUCAUGGUGAAGUAACAAAGUCAUCGGUACUCAUGAGUAUUCACUAACGAAUCUAAAAAGCGGAUUUUUCUUCAACAGUAAAGUUUACAGAAAGUUUGACGACGCUGCUGUUGCACUUUGCAGACGGUCCCUGACGACAGAUAGAUAUGUAUGUAUAUGUGUAUAUAUGUAUAUGUGUGUGUGUGUAUAUAUAUAUAUAUAUAUAUAUAUAUAUAUAUAUACAUAUACUCCUGCCCAUAUGGAAAAAUUCAAACUGGAUGAAAUGUGAAAACGCUCGCUCUCCGUUUCUUUCGACUUUCAUUUGAGCACAAGAUCGUGUUUCUGGUCCACGUCGCACGAGCGUGUGUUGGUUCAACGUCAACUUUAUUCACUUUCACAAACAGCGAACAGGAAGUGAGAGUAGGUUUUAACGGUGUGUUUUUUCGUUCACAGUCGAGAGUCAAGUCUCGUCUGCAAAGAACCGAUCACAGCAAAGUGAAAUCGUCUGUUUUCAGAGCUCGUGAAAACCAUGUGGAUGCAGCCGGUUCACAUUGGGGGACGUUCCGGUCUCGCACUGGUGUUCGCAAUACAAGUUGCGACGUAUGAGACGUCGUCGUUCCGUCCAAACUAAAUGUUGCGUUCGCUGACGUCGAGUUCGGUUUCUGUGUCUGUCAGAACUUUCACUGAGGCCCAAAAUAUUUUUGUCAAAAGCAAAAAAUCUCUUAUUUUUACAAAUAGAUUUCAUGUCCGUGUUAAUUUACAUGUAAACAUUGGUUCUUCGUCUUCAGUCCGACAUUUCUCUGGUGCAUUAAAGAAAAUGUUUAUGGCGCAAAAACAUUUUAAGUUUUGCAGUUAGGCCUUUAAAAUGUAGUUUGUGGUCGGCAUAGAAAUAAUAAUAAUAUGAUGAUGUGUUUUUAUGACAGAAGAUCAAGUUUCAAAUGUUCAGGUCAAAAAGAUUUGUAGAAAUGUUAAAAAAAAAAUGUACAGAAGCGUAACAAAAUAAUUUUGGAGAAAUAAAUGAACAAAAACUCAA